AUGUGUUCCAGAGUGUGUAAGAACUGUGGGGGCACAGACAUCGAUGUGGACCAGGCCAGGGGUGAUGCCGUGUGCAUGGGCUGUGGCUCUGUCCUGGAGGACAACGUCAUUGUGUCUGAGGUCCAGUUCAUGGAGACUGGAGGGGGAGGCUCCUCGGCUGUGGGACAGUUCGUAGCUGGAGACGGUGGGUGCAGCUGGACUGUCAAGACAUGAAAUAAAGACAUUACAUAAUAAAAUUAACCACAUUAUUCUGAGAGGUUGGUUAUAAAAAAAAUUUGUAAAGUGGUUAUCCCACUGGCUAUAAGGUGAAUGCACCAAUUGGUAAGUCGCUCUGGAUAAGAGCGUCUGCUAAAUGACGUAAAUGUUAUAAGGAGUAUAAGAAACUCAUAGUUUUUCAUGACAUAAUGAAGUUAGUCAAUUGGAUUGCAAAAUGGCAUUUUAGCAGCGUGCAUAACAUUCCCCACCCUCUCCCAGACCCUUGCCCAGACCCUGUAAUCUCCAGUCCCAAACCUAACCCAGUGAUGUGGCCUGGCCCACAGCCCCUGGCUAGCCUUUCAGCUGAUUGUGCAGAAGGGACUGUCAAUUGUAGAUUGGUUUUGUUGUGGGGUGGGAUUUUUCUGGCACAUCCCCUGAAUCCCCACUAGAGUGCAGUGUUGUAUUAACUUUAGUUUGAGAUGAGCUCAUUGUCUUUGACCAAUUUGUUGUCAUGCGAGUAGACAACACUGAAAAAACACUCAAAUGUACUACUAUUGUGUCCAAUAAUAUAAUAACAAUGCUGUACAAAAAUGUAUAUUGCCAUUUUUGUCAUUGAAACUAUAGCAGAUGUUGAUGAAUGCCUGUUGUUUUGUAAAUGUUAAGAUUGCACUCUUGGGGUGUCGUGUCUCUCGUUCUCCUGUUUCUAUAGCCUCUGGAAGGAACCCCACUUUUGGAGAAGGGUUCUAUACAGGCGUUGGAAGGGAGUCCCGGGCCCAGACCCUGCAGAACGGUGAGUCAACAUUAAGGGUCAGCACUUGCAUUCCUAAAGCAUGGGUGUGCAUGCAUCAUGAGAACUAAUUGCACUUACAACAGGCCUAAUACCCAGUUAAUGUAGGUGUGCUAGGAGAUGAGCCUUGCUGUCUUUCAGUGUCUUGAAAAUAAAGCAUUUUGCCUCAUGCUAGACAGACUAAAUUGAUACCAUCUGCUUUACAUGGGCCUUUGCCCCUCUUAAAGUGGCUUCCUUAUCAGCACCUUAUUUCAAAAGCACUUAUAAAGUGGUUUUGCCUUCACCAACAAACUUGGUAGGGACAACCCAUUUCCUUUAUGUCCAAUGGGAGGUAAACAGGGUGUGUCUACAGCAAAUCUUGGUUGGCAAAGGCAAACAUCCAUCGCAUACUUGAAUGCAUCAGGAAAGGGCUGGUAAUUUCCUUUGUCUGGUAAGACACAUUGAAUCAGUCUGUGCUGCCUGGUUUGAUGAUUUCCUGUGGUCUUUGUUUAGUCAUGCCUAUUUGGAAGUUAAAUUUUUUGGCUGAGUAAAAAGUAUUGUACUCAGUUAUCUCCCAGUAACCUGGUGACCUGUAGUCGUCUGAGGCGCCUCCUGCUGAUGAUCAAUGCUGUUAAGUGCUGAUGCUGAUGAUCAAUACUGUUAAGCGCAGUAAAAACUAGAGAGCGAGAGAGACUUGUAAACACAGCUGUCCUUGUGUGGAGGGGGGAGACAGACGUUUGUCAGACUUUGUGGCGAAUUCCGAUGACUGUGUGUGAGAGGAACAGAGAGAUGUGGAUACAGCCGUGUGUUAGUAUGUGAAUAGGUCUGUCAUGCUGUGUGGAUUGUCUGUGGGGAGAUUUAUAGUGUCUAUGGGGCUCUGAGAGAACAAGAGCGGUGCUGUGAGGGAACGCUCUCCUCCAUAAACAUCCAGUGUCUCUGUUCUUUCUCUCCCACCCACACUCUGAUUAAUGCCUGGAAUCAUCCCUCCCCACCACCCGUCCCCAACCCCGCCCUAACUCAUCACGUCUCCUCACAAUGACUAACAUGUUGCUUUUCCUAUUACUGGAAACAUCCCAUAUGUCCUGCGGUUGACCCAUACUGCCGCGCUAUAUCUCCAGUGUGGGAGCUUUCCAACUUCUCCCUGGUAGGGUGGUUAGAUUUUAUCCAGCUGUCACAAUAAAUGUACCGGAUGGUAAUGCUGGUUGGGGUUCGGAAGAAGUUUAGACAAGGCCUGUAUAGAAAUCGGGGUCUUUAGUUUUUCAGACAACAUGAUGAGGAGAGGGGAAUGAGGAGGGAGUGGUAUGAGUAAUGUUGGUGGUGUGCGGAUGCCCUGUAAUCUGAAGACAUCUGUUCAGCAAAGCAGGGGGAAUAUUUUAGCGCAGUAAGAUGUUGCAUAACCUCAACAGCAGCAGUAGUUUCCCACACGCAUCUCACAAGUACCUGUGUGUAUUGACUGGGACAUCUGCUUGUGUAUAAUGUCUGAGUGUUUGCAUGCAAAAUUUAUCAGGUGAACAGAGGACACAUGGAUCUGGAAACACCUGAACUGAACCUCUGUUAGAGUAAUUACAUGCCCUGUCAUUUGUGUGUAUAUUUGUGUCUGUCUACUCUGUUUAUUUUAUGCCCUAAGUGCACGAGGGUGCGUCUGAGUGUAGGUGUGUACGAAUACAACAUGCAUGCGUGGGCUGUGUAAUGACAUGCCUGUGUUUGUGUGUCUCCAGGGAGACGUCAGAUCAACACUCUGGGCCACCAGCUGCAGCUGAACCAGCACUGCCUGGACACGGCCUUCAACUUCUACAAGAUGGCCGUGUGUAAACACCUGACAAGGGGCCGAAGGGUGGCCCACGUGGUGGCUGCAUGCCUCUACCUGGUCUGCAGGACAGAGGGGACACCUCGUAUCUUUUCACACCGCAGAGAGGGGAGGUGGGGGAGUAACAGAGGAAUGAAGGAGAUGAGUGAGUGAAAAGGGAAUGGAGAAUGCCAAAUGUUUAUACUACAACCAAACACUUGUUAUAUUUGUAACGUUAGCUGUAGCAUCAAUCUCCAUGAGUUGUAGUAGUUUUGGGCAUGAAUUGUGUUAAUGCCCUGGUUGUGUUGUGCUCAAUACCCUUUCUGUACUGUCCUAAUGUUAAGCAGAUCCACUUUUCAUAGCCCAUCAUUUUGCUGCCAUUGUUUGGUUUAUUGUUCCCUGUCAUUGCCUCGGAGUAUGAUGUGGUUUCACAGCAAGGGCAAGAUACACAGUGUUUUAUCUGAUAGAACAAGAGGGUGGAGGGAGCAGAGCAAAGCCUUUCCCAUUACAUUGUUUACGUGUGUCAGUGCAGAGCAAAGCCUUUCCCAUUACAUUGUUUACGUGUGUCAGUGUUUGGGGUAGGAGUGUUGGAUAAAGUAAAAAUAGCUCCACUCCACUUCCUUUUCCACAGCUGGGGAAAAUGAAGUCUGUAGUACUAUCACAGAGGACCAGCAUGGAAAGUUGAGAAUGAGGAAGCAAGAGGCAAACCUUGUUCAGCGUGUCUAACAGCUGAAAUAGUAUGUAGCUCAGUGGAGGGAUGUCUUGAUAUUUGUGAUGGAGGCUCGGGACCAUCAAUUAAAUGGCAGUUAAUUAAUACAUUUAAUGGGAUCGUUCCCACAGGUGCUGUUGUUGGUAAAGGUUUAGGCUAUGGUCACGUCCAUGAUCUUGAUGAAUGACAGCCAAGUUGUCACAUCAUAAUGAAACCUCCAAGUUUCACAGGCAGGGCUUGGAAGGAAGCUCUCUCCCUCCUUCCCCAUACUACUGAAAUGGCAUUGCUUUUAGCGACCGUUAUUAUCUCUUGAGAAAAUCAGCUGCACAGAGGAAUUUAUUGUUAUUAUGAUGACUCUGAUUGAGGGAGUAGUCCGUAAUCUCAUCUCCAGACUGUGGGAUAAUUUCUUCAAUUUCAGUGGUGACCAUAACCCCAUUGUGAGGCUUUAAAAAAAAGGGUUGUCGCUAAUGUACUUUGGUUGCCCUUGGAUGGGUGCACCUGUCGCCACGGAGACUGAUGCAGGGGUUGUGUUAGUCGCAGGAGACUGGCGUGUCCAGAGGCUAACGGGUGAGGCAGGGGGGAGUUCAGAGGUCACGGGGUGGCUGAAGCUAUCACUAAAUAUAUUUACAAAUGCUGCUGGCCUGAGGUGACACUUUUUACUAUCUUGUGGUUUUAUUGACUUAAGCCACCCCAUUCACAGACAUGCUGCUUGACCUCAGCGACCUCCUGCAGGUGAGUUUCCAAUGAGUAGGCCUACACUGUCAUUUUUUCAACUCUGUGAUUGAGUUUUUGCACUUCGACAUUUACAUUUAUCCCUAAUUUCUAGAAAUGAAAGCUCUUCUGAAUAUGAUUGAACAGUCGCAUACAUCAGUUGUUUCCUUUCUUAUUUUUGUUGUAAAACUAUACAUGAUCCCAUGCCCACAUUGACCAUGAGUAUUACAUCCAACAAGAUGGAUGUUGGCCCGUGCAGUAUGUUGUACUUCGUAAUUAAAGCCAGGGACUGUAUAAAUAUAGGUCAAUCUUUUAUGCAUAUAAAGUCAGUGUUAGGGUAGAGGGACAUUUCUCAGAGACACCGCUGGUCAGUUUUAUUUGUAUGCUCCCAGCUGUCCUUGAAGAGCUGACCCCCACCCCUCUAGUAUUUGAAGCGUAGGAGUGGAAUGGGGGUGCCUGUCCAGUCUAGGAUCAGUGUGCUAUGGGUAGAUAUUCCACUAAUCCCCCAUUUGUGGAGGCUCACCCAGGCCAAUGCAGUGGUCACUUCCCCCGUCUCCCAUGGGAAGGCAUUGUGACCCCCCCUCCCAUCAUCCAAGGCCUGUGCUCUCUCUAAUCCCUGGGGACACUAUGACAUGGACAGGGUCCAGGUGGAGGCUUCUCCAGGUUCUGUCUGGAUUGACAUGUGCCACCUCCACUGUUGGUUGCUAUGGUGCUUGGCUAACAAUGCAUUCUUUGUUGUGUGUAAAAAUGUUGAAUAGGGACCCGUCUCCUAAAAUAGAUCAGACUGUUGCUGCCAUGGACCCAAGAGUGAAAACUCGUCUGUGUCUGGUAGAGACCCAAAACCCCCUAAGGUCUGGAGCAUUAGCCUGGAGGAAUGAGACAGAGCUGCUCUGAGACCAUGGGCUAGAAACUAGAGCUUUAGUCAUCCCCUGGUCUGGAAAAUCACUGGGCUUUCUAGAUAGUAUGCCAGCUAAGCAUUAAGUUACACUUACUAGACCAGAUUCGAUCACAAGCUACUCAAAUGUUACGUAACUCUGGAUCAUGUAUCCUUACGAGGACAUUGAGGACUUGGCAGGGUGGGUUUCAGUGACAGUUGCACUACCCUCCUGUAUUUCUGGUCUUAAAUCUAUUUUCCCUGUCUUUCCCCCACAGGUAAAUGUUUAUGUCCUGGGUAGAACCUUUCUGAUCCUGGCCAGAGAGCUCUGCAUCAACGCCCCCGCCAUAGGUACCUAUCAUCUGCCUCCCAUACUCCCUGUGUUCUUAUUGUAAACAAAGAACUAUACAGUUGAAUGAGUCUUUUCUGACAAAUGCUGUUGGUUGAAGUGUUGUUUUUUUGCUGAGAAGGACACAGUAUUUACCACUCAUUCAUUCAGAGCAAAAAUUGGUCACUUCGCUCAAAUACAUUUUUGGAAGCGAAGGUGUGAUGAUGAAGUCUUGACCACAUCACUUUUACCAGCUUGGUUGUAGCACCCCUCAGUGUACCUAGACACUGAAUAAUCCCUUGAGUAAGUGCCACCAAAACAACAGAUUUCACACAUGCAGGUGAGUUGUAUAAUGAUGAGCAGCAACAUCAGUGGCUUAUCUCACACAAUUUUAUGAUUUUCUGCAGGUUCAUAAGCUCUCAAACAUGAAUGUCAGGGUUGAUCAGCAUCAAGCUGCAAACCAUUUAACUGUAUUUUAUGUACAAAACAACAUUGCAGAGGCUGUCCACAAGUGCAAUAUUACUUUUUACAAGGGGCUGCUUUUUGCAGCGUUAAUUAAAAUAAUACAAAUAACAGUUUUUAAAAUAAAUAAGAUAAAACAACGUUCCUUCGCUUAAAAAUAGUAUUUUGUUUAGUGGGACAUACUCUAGUGUCUUAAUGCUACAUUAUUUAUAAGGCUGGAACAUAUGGAUGUACAGUAUGGUCUAUAUGUUCUUUACCUCUCCUUUAUGACCAAACCAGUCCAGCUUAAGCAUAGAACACCAGCUCAGGGAUCUGUCCCCCCUGCACCCCAGUCCCAUUGGUACUGUCCGAGGAGCACUGGAACUGAAAAGUCACUUUCCCACACUGCACCUCCGUCAUGCCCUCCUGGCCGAAAUAGCUCAGCUCAUUCCCGUCCAGCACGACACUCACUGUAUAAAAGGCAUCCUGCUCCACCUGAACUGGGUGUUCAAACCACACGGAAAAUGUACUGCUUGAUCCAUCCGACACAAACUUGGUCAGGUUCUGUGCUAGGGUCACCCCUUGCCGCUUCAGUUCAAUCUUGACACUGUACUCGGCUUUUCCGCCACUUGACCCGUACAGACCCAGUCCAGCGAUAAAGAUCCGCUUGUCCACUGCAAACUGGAUGCUGUCACAGCGGCCCCUGUAGCGCCACUGGUUGCUCCGGUAGGCUGACGACUGGAAGCGGUGGCACCUCUGGGGCGCCAGGCCCUGCCUCUGUGCCAGUGGGAAGUCCAGUUUGGGCUUGGUGGCCGCUGUGUACCACAGGAAAAUGUCAUGCGUCUCCUCCAGUGUCAAGAUGUCUGCCUGGGCCGCCCCAUCAGCAAACUCCUCCAGGGUCAUAGUGGGGAUGCGCACCAGGUAGAGUGCCUUGCCCAGGACAGAUCUCUUGUUGUGGGUGGUUGCCCUCAGUCCUUGCCUCUUACACUCAGCUGUGGCCCAGCUCAUGACGGCAUCAAAGACCACCACCUCCUUGGUGUUGAGGGUCUCUCUCUGCAGGAUGAUCUUCAGGGUCUGCAAGUCGAUCUCACAGAAGCCCUCGGAGCCCAGGGCCAGCUCGGCCUGGGCGUCAAUCACCUCCCAACAGCGCUGUGUCAGCUCAGGCUCCUCAAACAGACGGCUCUGGGACAGCAGCACACAGGCGUUCUUGGCCUCCAGGCUGGUCUCCAGGAAGGUGACGCAGGCCUUGGCUAGGGCUGGUACAAUGUACUUCUUGGCAGCGUACAGGGUAGCCAGCACGGUGUCUGCCUCCAGGUCUAUCGCAUCACUGUACAUGUACCUGAAGGGAACAAAAUGGAGGAGGAGGAGAAUGAGAUUCUGGUUUAGUAAAGAAGGCAGACAGCAUGUGGAGAAUUCAUGAUGGCUAUUCUUUCGAGGAAAAGAGGAAGAGAACUUGGCAGAGCUUGCCCUAUUCUCUCAAGGGGAUUAAAAAAGAAGCAAUGUUUCAUUGCAUUGGUUUCGGAUGACAUUGUUAUAAAAUCAACAACAAAAGAGCCAUUUGUAUUACCUUCGGGUAAAUCAUUGGCUUUGAAUAUUUUUUUAUCUUCAAGAUUAACAAAGAGCAAAGAAACCAGCAAUUACAGUGCUCUACACUACUCCCCAUGUCCUUUGGUGCUCUAGCAUUUUGGCACUUAACUCGUCUUACUUUGGAUGAGUAAUCAUUUAUUUUGAAGUGACAUUGUGUAUAAUACUGGUUUAAUAUGAGGAGUGAGUGGCUUACUUCAGCAGAAUUAGAAAAGCAGCAGGUUCCACGUCUGGGAUAUGGAUUUCGGACUCCUCCUCUGCAAGAUCCCCGUAAAACAUGGCACAGAAGACAGAGCUACCCACUGCCAACACAUACUGGAGGGAAAGACAAACGGACACAUUAGUCACUCAUCAUAUUUUGUGAUUGUUCUGAAAAGUCUACUUAUUUUUCCAACUGGAGAUGGAGCUUACCUUGUGCACUGGCACUUUCUGAGAUUCACCAGGGGGACCAACAAUUAAAUGUAUAUCGGCCAUGAGUUCAUUGUUGAACAUCAAGGCAUUCCUAGAAGGGAGAAGAUUAUCAAUAAGGUAUCAUGACAACUUGGCCUAUUCCAUAUAGGGCUUGUCUUUUGCCAGUCAUACAUAUAUUAUAGCCUGCACAAUGCGAUGUGACUAACUAUGGACAUAAACUACAGUAUGAAGUAGUAUCCCAUAACUAAUAGGCUAUUGUAAACCAAGUCAAUAUUUUGACUAAAUAGAAAGAAUGAAUUAUAAGUAAGAAGUUGAGACUACCUCUCCCGUAGCGUGGGGUGAGAGGACUGCCAGCUGGCAGGAUCGACAUUGUUGUUGUUUAUGUUUUGCUGGGUGGUCGGUGUUGUUGCAGUGGUUGUUGACUGGGUGACCUGCACAUCACUUUUCUUGUCACUGGCAGUCACCGUUGUACAGUUGUUGGUUAGGUUGGUGGUCGCAGGGUACAGUUCUGCAGCCAUCUUCUUCUCCAGGGACAGGGUUAGAAUCUCAUAGCAUACUGGUAACCUGCCUGUGUGUUUCCCAGUCUUUUUAGACUUUUUAAGUGUUUCUGGAAGUAAGAGUAAAAAAGUCAAACACUUCAUGAUCCGACCAUGAUGGAGCAACCUGCAAUCUGCUGUUGGCAUCCGCACACAAAGCGUUGGUCCCUUUCCUAUAAAUAAACCACGAACUUUAGGAUCUACUGUAGUAGCUAUUAUUCUGCGUUGACAAUUGAUACACAAAUCGUGUCAUUUAUAGAAUUAUGCUGCAUACAUUCAGCGAUUAUGAAGUCUACUAACCCCGGAUCAAUUGUAAGAGCAACAUAAAAAAUAUCCGUCAAGUGGGGUUGUAUUCCAACUUCAAGCUGAAUACUUUUUUCUUUCUCAUUUCAUCCUCUUGUUGCGGCUGAGUUGUCUCCCCGAAACGUAUUAUGUUCUCGCUUUUCGAGCGGAUGGUAAAUCCAUAUAAUCGUCCGCUGUUUUCCUGAGCAAAUACUGGCAGAUGUUUUUCUCAAAGCUACUUAUCAACGAGGACAAGGCGUGGGUUACCCCGUAGCUGCUGUCUGGAUACGAUGUGAAUCGUAAUAUGUCGGGUCUAGAGUUUUAGUUGCUGUCUAUUUUUUAUAUUUUUGGUGUAAUCCUCAACGACGCCCAGCUCGCUGCCAACAAAUCAGAUUUACGCAUACCGUCAACGUCAGAAGCACAGAAGAGCCUCCCCCAAGCCUCUUAACCACAAAAAAAAUAGCUUCUCACCAGCUCCCACUCUAAAAUUCACUGCAGCGUCCGACUGAUACAGCACAAACUGUUACAGUGAAAACAUUAUAACCCGGUCAUCGUUUCUGAUGUAAUAAUAGCCUACAUUUAUUUAAAUGACUGAUUAUAGCCUAUGCGCUAUCACUGUGUAAUUUGGAUUUAAACUGUUCUUAAUUUAAUGUCCGAUUGAUUUAGUUGUUUAAUAGCUCCACUCGUCAGAAAUAAGAACGUUUGGGAUGUCGCUAAAUUAGUUGAGCUUUAUUGUUUGUUCCUGUUUUGCAUUGCUGAGAUAACAUCGGCCUCACCACUUUUUGAAUGCAUGGCACGCGCAAAAUCUGUGAGAGCACGAGACCGCACUUGUGUUUACCUUGGCUGAAUGUGGGCGUGUUAGAUAAUAGAGGGGACAGUUCCUGAAGUUUCCUUCGUUGAGACUUGAGUAGAGCCAGCCCAGCAGCCAUGUUAGUAUCGAAGAGGUUGGUUAGGGACAGGGGUUGGGGUCUGGCCAUAUCCUAUUACCAGUCAGCUCUACCGGCUUUCCACAGAGGGCUCUGCUGCUGCCAAUAGGAUCAUUUUGUUGUCUUGGUGUACAUUUCCAGCAGACUAGACACUGUGUUGCAUAUUGCUGCCUUUCGCACGUGGGAGUGUAGAUUGCACAUUUUGGUCACAAACAAAAGGGGAAUGGGAAAAUUUGCACCACCAUCUAACCCGGCAUCUAAACAUCCCCAAACACCCACCACCCCAUCCCACUACUUUGGCCCUAAAUUACACCAGUCCAUCAGCCUGGGAGGAUGGAACCCCUUCUCUCAAAAGUUCCUGUAGAUCUUAUGCACUAAAAUCUCUCACACCAAAUAUUUAUCUUCUGCUGCAACUACCACAUCUAUCUUCUGUGAUUUCUGCUCCAUCAGUGCAGUGCAGUUGAUCACCAUGGCUAUAAACACAUGAAAUCCAACCUGACUAAAACUCAUCCUCUGGAUCUCUCUUCAGGCCUACUCACUGGGGGGGCUCCCAGUCAAAUCACUCACCUUUGGGCUAUCCUCUUCAAUGUCUGAGCAUAGGAACAUUUCUGCCCCACUCGAACUCAGGCAAUCUCAACCGGUCUCUCUCUCACAGGGCACUUCGGAUCCCCAGCUGCAUGGGCGCCCCCACAGUUGACACAGUGCUUUCUCUAUCCCAACUGUACACUAAUGGAUCGUUUUGAUCUGACAGUCAUAACUAAGUAUAACUAUUUGUCCUUAUUGGUCACAAUGUGAUCCACUGGGAAUGAUAUGAAGAUAUCCAAAACUUCUUACAUUUUAAUUAAAGAAGACCAUACCACUUUCUGAUCAAUGUAGUCUACACACAGUUUUAAACCCUGUAUAUCAUUGAGACCUCUGCAAUGCAUAAUAAUAUUGCUUGUCUCGGUUGGAUCUCGAAGAGUGUAUCAUUCUCAUUCUAGACCCCUGCCUGUACAUCCCUCGCUUUGCUCACAUGCUGGAGUUUGGGGAGAAGAACCAUGAGGUGUCCAUGACAGCACUGAGACUGCUGCAGAGGAUGAAGAGGGACUGGAUGCACACUGGACGGAGGCCCUCAGGACUGUGUGGCGCAGGUAACCAUGAGCACAGUUAAAUCACACCACAGGUUACCACCACAAUCACAGGUAGGCUAACCCUCGUCAUAAAUAAGAUAAAUCACAGGGGAACCAUGUCCACUGGUAUCCCACACCACAGAGAACUGUAAUCAUAGGUCAGAUUCAGCUACAAUUACAUUACAUUAGUCAUUUAGCAGACGCUCUUAUCCAGAGCGACUUAUAGUUAGAAUCACAGGUGACCUUUGUUCAUAGGUAACACUCAUAAGUAACCACAGGCUCCAAUCAGUGACAAUGUACUGCAGUCUGUUCUCUACUUCGUGGACCUGAACAGAACCCUGCUCAGACGUAUUGCUGUCAAGAAAUCCUGAAACUGAAGAACCAACCUCCCCGGGCAUGUGGACAUUUACGCUCCUAUUUUCACUUUUCUCCCUUUCUCUCCUCUGCAGCUGCAAUAUCUGAAUAAUUAAUUGCUUAUCAUUAAUCAUUGAGAGGAUUCGCUUACAUGAAGGAAGGAAAAGUUUAGAUGAGCUUCUUACUCAAUAUGAAGUGAAUGUGCGAGAGAUACCGUGGGAUUGCUAAAAGCCGGCUACUAGAACGUCAAAGACUAUUCAAACUGCUUGUGUAAAAAAACGGAACCGUACAUCCAUCUUUAAACAGACCUUGCGUUAUGUAACUGACUCCAUGCACAGUAGCAUGGGUUACUGUAAAACUGAAUUGAUAAUUUAUCUAAUGACUUAAAUUAUCAUUAAUAGAUUAUUAUGACGUUAUUACAUUAAUACUACACAACAUUUGGUGAGUAAAUUGGAAAACAUACAGUGAAGGAAAAAAGUAUUUGAUCCCCUGCUGAUUUUGUACGUUUGCCCACUGACAAAGACAUGAUCAGUCUAUAAUUUUAAUGGUACAGUGGGGAAAAAAAGUAUUUAGUCAGCCACCAGUUGUGCAAGUUCUCCCACUUGAAAAGAUGAGAGGCCUGUAAUUUUCAUCAUAUGUACACGUCAACUAUGACAGACAAAAUGAGGGAAAAAAAUCCAGAAAAUCACAUUGUAGGAUUUUUUAUGAAUUUAUUUGCAAAUUAUGGUGGAAAAUAAGUAUUUGGUCACCUACAAACAAGCAAGAUUUUUUGGCUCUCACAGACCUGUAACUUCUUCUUUAAGAGGCGCCUCUGUCCUCCACUCCUUACCUGUAUUAAUGGCACCUGUUUGAACUUGUUAUCAGUAUAAAAGACACCUGUCCACAACCUCAAACAGUCACUCUCCAAACUCCACUAUGGCCAAGACCAAAGAGCUGUCAAAGGACACCAGAAACAAAAUUGUAGACCUGCACCAGGCUGGGAAGACUGAAUCUGCAAUAGGUAAGCAGCUUGGUUUGAAGAAAUCAACUGUGGGAGCAAUUAUUAGGAAAUGGAAGACAUACAAGACCACUGAUAAUCUCCCUCGAUCUGGGGCUCCACUCAAGAUCUCACCCUGUGGGGUCAAAAUGAUCACAAGAACGGUGAGCAAAAAUCCCAGAACCACACGGGGGGACCUAGUGAAUGACCUGCAGAGAGCUGGGACCAAAGUAACAAAGCCUACCAUCAGUAACACACUACGCCGCCAGGGACUCAAAUCCUGCAGUGCCAGACGUGUCCCCCUGCUUAAGCCAGUACAUGUCCAGGCCCGUCUGAAGUUUGCUAGAGUGCAUUUGGAUGAUCCAGAAGAGGAUUGGGAGAAUGUCAUAUGGUCAGAUGAAACCAAAAUAGAACUUUUUGGUAAAAACUCAACUCGUCGCGUUUGGAGGACAAAGAAUGCUGAGUUGCAUCCAAAGAACACCAUACCUACUGUGAAGCAUGGGGGUGGAAACAUCAUGCUUUGGGGCUGUUUUUCUGCAAAGGGACCAGGACGACUGAUCUGUGUAAAGGAAAGAAUGAAUGGGGCCAUGUGUCGUGAGAUUUUGAGUGAAAACCUCCUUCCAUCAGCAAGGGCAUUGAAGAUGAAACGUGGCUGGGUCUUUCAGCAUGACAGUGAUCCCAAACACACCGCCCGGGCAACGAAGGAGUGGCUUCGUAAGAAGCAUUUCAAGGUCCUGGAGUGGCCUAGCCAGUCUCCAGAUCUCAACCCCAUAGAAAAUCUUUGGAGGGAGUUGAAAGUCCGUGUUGCCCAGCGACAGCCCCAAAACAUCACUGCUCUAGGGGAGAUCUGCAUGGAGGAAUGGGCCAAAAUACCAGCAACAGUGUGUGAAAACCUUGUGAAGACUUACAGAAAACGUUUGACCUGUGUCAUUGCCAACAAAGGGUAUAUGACAAAGUAUUGAGAAACUUUUGUUAUUGACCAAAUACUUAUUUCCCACCAUAAUUUGCAAAUAAAUUCAUUAAAAAUCCUACAAUGUGAUUUUCUGGAUUUUCUUUUCUCAUUUUGUCUGUCAUAGUUGACGUGUACCUAUGAUGAGAAUUACAGGCCUCUCUCAUCUUUUUAAGUGGGAGAACUUGCACAAUUGGUGGCUGACUAAAUACUUUUUCCCCCCACUGUAGUUAAUAAACAAUUCAUAAGGAAUUAUGCACACUUUGUCCUCUGACUCAUUUAAAGCAAAUGUGUAUUUACAGUGAGGGGAAAAAAGUAUUUGAUCCCCUGCUGAUUUUGUACGUUUGCCCACUGACAAAGACAUGAUCAGUCUAUAAUUUAAUGUUAGGUUUAUUUGAACAGUGAGAGACAGAAUAACAACAAAAAAGUCCAGAAAAAUGCAUGUCAAAAAUGUUAUAAAUUGAUUUGCAUUUUAAUGGGGGAAAUAAGUAUUUGACCCCUCCUGCAAAAUAUGACUUAGCACUUGGUGGCAAAACCCUUGUUGGCAAUCAGAGGUCAGACAUUUCUUGUAGUUGGCCACCAGGUUUGCACACAUCUCAGGAGGGAAUUUGUCCCACUCCUCUUUGCAGAUCUUCUCCAAGUCAUUAAGGUUUCGAGGCUGACGUUUGGCAACUCAAACCUUCAGCUCCCUCCACAGAUUUUCUAUGGGAUUAAGGUCUGGAGACUGGCUAGGCCACUCCAGGACCUUAAUGUGCUUCUUCUUGAGCCACUCCUUUGUUGCCUUGGCCGUGUGUUUAGGGUCAUUGUCAUGCUGGAAUACCCAUCCACGACCCAUUUUCCACGACCCAAGAUUUGACGGUACAUGUCCCCGUCCAUCGUCCGUCAAAGUUGUCCUGUUAUCUUAGCAGAAAAACACCCCCAAAGCAUAAUGUUUCCACCUCCAUGUUUGACGGUGGGGAUGAUGUUCUUGGGGUCAUAGGCAGCAUUCCUCCUCCUCCAAACACGUUGAGUUGAUGGCAAAGAGCUCCAUUUUGGUCUCAUCUGACCACAACACUUUCACCCAGUUCUCCUCUGAAUCAUUCAGAUGUUCAUUGGCAAACUUCAGACGGGCCUGUAUAUGUGCUUUCUUGAGCAGGGGGACCUUGCGGGCGCUGCAGUAUUUCAGUCCUUCACGGCGUAGUGUGUUACCAAUUGUUUUCUUGGUGACUAUGGUCCCAGCUGCCUUGAGAUCAUUGACAAGAUCCUCCCGUGUAGUUCUGGGCUGAUUCCUCACCGAGAUUGACAGAUAUUUUGUUUCUUCCAUUUGCGAAUAAUCAAACCAACUGUUGUCACCUUCUCACCAAGCUGCUUGGCGAUGGUCUUGUAGCCCAUUCCAGCCUUGUGUAGGUCUACAAUCUUGUCCCUGACAUCCUUGGAGAGCUCUUUGGUCUUGGCCAUGGUGGAGAGUUUGGAAUCUGAUUGAUUGAUUGCUUCUGUGGGCAGGUGUCUUUUAUACAGGUAACAAGCUGAGAUUAGGAGCACUCCCUUUAAGAGUGUGCUCCUAAUCUCAGCUCAUUACCUGUAUAAAAUACACCUGGGAGCCAGAAAUCUUUCUGAUAGAGAGGGGGUCAAAUACUUAUUUCCCUAAUUAAAAUGCAAAUCAAUUUAUAACAUUUUUGACAUGCGUUUGUCUCUCACUGUUCAAAUAAACCUACCAUUAAAAUUAUAGACUGAUCAUGUCUUUGUCAGUGGGCAAAUGUACAAAAUCAGCAGGGGAUCAAAUACUUUUUUCCCUCACUGUAUGUGCCGGCAAGGGGGGUGUGUGUGUGUGUGUGUGAUGGAUAGUUUGUUUCACCUGUGUGUGUGUGUUUGUGUUCUCAGCACUGUUGGUCGCUGCUCGCAUGCACGAGUUCCGCCGUACCAUCAAAGAAAUCAUCAGUGUAGUGAAGGUGUGCGAGGCCACACUAAGAAAGAGGUGAGAGCUGCUUGAGAAGCACAUUACAGCAUCCUCUAAAGGAAAUCUGAUUUAGCCUUGCAUGUUCUCAGUCAUCUCUAUGAGGAGUAUGCUGACUAUUUUCUUUCUCAUGGUUCAGGUUGAAUGAGUUUGAGGACACGCCCACCAGUCAGCUGACCAUUGAGGAGUUCAUGAAAGUGGAUCUUGACCAGGAAUGUGACCCGCCCUCUUUCAUCGCUGGCCAGAGGAAGAAAAGAAUGAAGCUGGUGAGGAGGAACUGCCAAGAGGAUACAACUGUGCCCCCCUUAUUUAUUUAUCUUGUCCCGUGUUUUAACCUGUGUUUUGUCCCAAUGUGGUACGUUCUUUUUUUUUUUACUCACACUGAUCUUUAGUUUUUUUUCUUCUAGCUUGAGGAAGAAUUGGAGAAGAAGAUUGGCGAUGUUCAAGGUACCGUUAUGAUCAGUGUCUAGUCCAGUUUUAACCAAAAAACUCUUCAUAAAGUUCCAAAGAAUAUAAAGUUAGAGUGGAGUCAGCAGAGUUGUUUGGGUUUUAUCUCAACAGGCGAGAUCCAUGAGUACCAGGAUGAGAUUGAGAUGGAGCUGGAGCAGAGCCGGACCAAGUUGAGAGGGAUGUAUGGCUCCUAUGCAAAAACCGGUACGGCGCAGAGGGGUACGGCGCAGAGGGGUACGGCGCAGAGGGGUACGGCUGCGCUCGACAGCCAUGCCAGUCCAUCAGCUAGAACCCCCUGUGGAGGAGGGAAUAUCUCACUAUUCUGCCAGUCUAUUGUCGCUAGAGCCUGAAACAUCUCUAAAUACACAGAAAUAUUUUUUUUUAGUUGACCAAAUUUGAUGUUCACUCAAAGUGCAAAUGAGAAUGUUAUGAUGACGCACCUUUGCUGUCUAUCUAACUGUGAUGGGCUAAACUCUCUAACCAUCUGCACCCCUCUAGCUGGUUGUGUUGCAUGACCACUGCAUGGCCUCAGCAGGGGAGGCCGCUGUCUGUCUGGCAGCAUGUUGCAGGCCUGUUGCUCCUCUGCCUGGGCUGGGAGUCAAAAUUAUAACACACAUUGGGCUUUUAUCAACACUAAGAGGGCUGUCAUCAUGAUGAUACUUUGACAGCUUAAUGGUACCGUAGGAUUAUUGAGGAAAUCAUUUUCUGCAUCAUGUCAGAUAAUUAAGUUUUUAUCAGUUUCAUGAAGAAAUGUAAGUACAUGUCUUGUUCUUUUUCUCCCCCUCUCCUAGAUCCCCAGGAAAAAGAGGAGGAUGAUGAUGAUGAUGAUGAUGAUGAUGAUGAAAUAUCUCUUCCUGAUGGGGAGGACGAGGAGCUGAAGGCUGUGGCCCAGCACCUCAACAAGGACCUGUGUGACCAGGUUCUCUCUGGUGAGGAGGAGGAAGGGGAUGGAGAGAGGCAGAAGGAAAGACCUCCACGCAGAGGCCCAUCGCUGGUCUCCCUCCUAGGGCCCAUGCCCACCGCAGCCAGCCUGGGCCUCCCA